AGACUUGUGGAGAAAAGAGUUAAAGAUCUAAGCAAAAAUGGUGGAGAAGAUACUAUCGAUGAAUUUUUGCUAAAAAACAAAUCUUUGAUAUUAGAACAAAAAAUUGGGAAAGAACAAGCAGGAUGUGAUUUUUCCACAGUCCGGACAAACGAAUCUAGAUUACUGGGACCUUUGCAUGUUUUGUUCAAUUCUGGAAGAAACGUGUGAUCUGACACAUAUUACGAAGAUGUAUAUCAAGAAGCUUUUAAAGAUCAGAAACAAACUUUGUCAUUUAAAUGACCCAACGUUAGAAACGAGAAAAUUCGACGAGUAUACUGAACACAUGAAAUGCUGCUUUGAACACUGUUUAAAAGAGAUCAAUGAUGACAAGUUUACUGAGGAAAUGAAUGCACUUGUUCAGUCAUUAGCCACUGGUCCUUUGUCAAUAGAUGAUACGCUUAAAGCUGUUCAUAAGCUUUACCAUCUAGAAUGGACAUAUAGAGAAGAAUUGGAAAAAAUUGGGAAUGGCCAAGACUCGACAAAUGGAAAGAUUGACACACUUAUUGAAGAGGUUGGAAGACUUAAUUCUCGUUUGUCAUCUGACGCUUCUGCAGGCAUUCCGG